AUGAAUGCCAGAGCUUCUGGAGUUAAUGUUACAAAGUGGAGUAAGAUGGAAACAAUUCUUGAAGCCAAAAGUACUAAUCAUAAUUCAAAUCUACAAAUAACAACAACCAAAAAAGGAGUAUUAUGGUUAGAUCAAGUCUCAGCCAUGCCUUUAGAUACAUAUAAGGGUCAUGGUUUUAGAAAUGACCUUUUUCAAAUGGUGGCAGAUUUAAAGCCAAAAACUUUUAGAUUCCCAGGUGGUUGUUAUGUUGAGGGAAAUUAUCUAAAAAAUGCAUUUAGGUGGAAAGAUACAGUUGGAGCAUGGGAAGAGAGACCUGGCCACUAUAAUGAUAUGUGGAAGUAUUGGACCGAUGAUGGAUUUGGUUAUUUGAAGGACUUCAAUUAUCAGAGGAUCUUGGUGCAUAUCCAAUAUGGGUGUUUAAUAAUGGAAGCUCUAGAUGGUAUUGAGUUUGCUAGAGGUUCUACUCAAUCAAAAUGGGGUUCUCUUAGAGCUUCCAUGGGACAUCCAAAGCCAUUUGAUUUGAGAUAUGUUGGAGUUGGAAAUGAAGAUUGUGGUAAAUAUAACUAUCUAGGAAAUUAUCUCCAGUUCUAUAAAGCUAUAAAAUAUAGAUAUCCUGAUAUUCAGAUCAUCUCAAAUUGUGACGGUUCUCAUAUCCAUUAA